AUGGCGGCCAAAGACAACAACAGCGCAGCAAGGAGUGUGAACCCUGUUUUCUCACUGGUGUCGGGCACGUUUGCUGGUGCCGUGGAAGGGUUUGCGACGUACCCGAUUGAGUAUACCAAGACGGUAGCGCAGUUCUCCACCAAGGCGGGCGAGAAGCCACCCAACCCGAUUACGAUUGCGCGUGAGACGGUGAGCAAGCAUGGUAUCCGUGGCUUGUACAGUGGAUGUGGCGCACUGGUAGCUGGCAAUGCGCUCAAGGCCGGUGUGCGUUUCCUUUCGUACGAUCACUUCAAGUCGAUGCUGAAGGACGAGAAUGGCAAACUCACUGCGCCUCGGAGUCUCUUGGCAGGCCUUGGCGCUGGUAUGAUGGAGGCCAUCUUUGCCGUGACGCCCUCGGAAACCAUCAAAACGAAACUCAUUGACGAUGCCAAGCGUGUGCAGCCCAAGUACCCACGCGGCCUGAUUCCCGGAUCGAUGGCCAUCAUCCGUGAUGAGGGUCUGACAGGCAUCUACCGUGGCCUCGUGCCUGUGAUGCUGCGGCAGGGCGCCAACAGCUCUGUGCGUUUCGGGACCUACUCGACGCUGCGCAACUUUGUGCAAGGCUCGUCGCGGCCUGGGCAGCCGCUGCCCAGUGGCAUUACGUUCGGCAUCGGUGCUGUGGCAGGUAUUGUGACCGUGUACGCCACCAUGCCUCUCGAUGUCGUCAAGACACGCAUGCAGACGUUGGAAGCACGCACGCAGUACAAAAACACGCUGGACUGCAUGGUCAAGAUCCUGCGCCACGAAGGGAUCCUCGCUUUCUGGCGCGGCGCUACACCCCGUCUUGCGCGUCUGAUGCUGAGUGGAGGUAUUGUGUUCACGGUGUACGAAAAGUGCAUGGACGCCUUGAACAGCAUGACAGCCAAGUAG